AUGGAGAAAUUAGACAGAAUUAACCUCCUAGCAACUCGUCUCGCAUUGCAGGUCAACUUGCCAGCCUAUCUGGGCAGUUGCCGUGCCAGCAGGAGUCAACUGUCGCAGCUCAUCUCCGGCCUAAGGCUGCUGCUGUCCGACGCAUGGGAAGGUGGGCCCGAGUUCGCAGUGCUCGUCGAGCAGAUGCGCGGCCUUUUGAUGCGUCUACCGAGGCCGGAGAGGCAGUCGGUGCGCAGAGCAGAGCAGUCGGUCGACUCGGCCGGACUGACGGGACUCGGAGCAAAGCACGAGGCUUCCGGCGGACCGAAGCAACGGUACAGCAAAGUCUCGCUCUCGGGAGAAGAAGAGCAGACGACCAAUCAGAUUCUCUCGGCGGAAGCCAAUCCCAUGUCAGGUGAGUAG